AUGACAGCUAGGACCAAGGAGGAAAAGGUGGGCAAAGGCAGCAACAGAGUGCUAUAUCCUCACUCAGUUGCCACAUCCAGUUUCUGUCAGUCUUUGGCUCUGACAGUGGCACUGCUGCUGCACUGCUCCUAUCAGCUGGUAACUGCACCACUAUCAGCCCAGCUGGGCAGCCCGACUGUUCCAUCAGUCCCCGCUGUCGUCACGCUGGCGGCCGCGGACCCACACGCUGCGCUCGGCGCGGCGCCGCCGCCGGGCCACCCAGACCCGGGCGCCCUGGGCACGCCGCCAGAGUUCUGUCUCAGGUGGAACAACUACCACGAGUCGCUGGCCGACGCCUUCUCUGGCUUCCUGGAGCGGGAGGAUUUUCUGGACGUGUCGCUGGCCUGCGACGACGCCGUCAUCAGCGCGCACAAAUGUGUCCUCUCCGCGUGCAGCCCCUUCUUCCAGGAGAUCCUGCUGAAGAACCCAUGCAGCCACCCGACGAUCGUUCUGCCGAGCGGAGUUCAGGCGGCGCACGUACACCGGCUGGUCAGCUUCAUUUACCACGGCGAGGUUAACGUCCCCCACCACCUGCUGCCCGAGCUCAUCAAGACGGCAGAUCUGCUGAAGAUUCGCGGCCUGGCUUCUGAGUCCAUCAUUCCGGUACGGAUGACGCAGCAGCCGCUGGAGGUUCAGGCGGUCAUCACGCUGCCCGAGCAGGGGCCGCCCGACCUGAGCAUGGCGGCCGCGCCCCGCGCCGCCGCCGCCCCAGCCCCCGCCCACUCCGCGGCGCAAGAGUCGGGUCUGCCGGAGCUCUCCGCCGCGGCGGCCGCCGCCUGUCGUCUACCCUCCGGCGUACCACUACGCCUGGAGUCAGCCGAGGUCAAACGGGAGCCGAGCGGCGAGCCGCCGGACCGGGCCGACCGCUCCGAGCGCGCCGCCAGCCUGGAGUCGUGCCGCAGUCCCUCGCAGCAGCUGACCACCAUUGACGGACUGGACCUACUCGAUCCCUCACAACUACUUGGCUAUGACGGUUCAGCGGGCGGAGCGUCCACCCACCGGCCGUGUCCUGUCUGUAACCGGAUAAUGCGCAAACGGGACAUCUCUCGCCACAUGCAGCGUGUGCACUCGGUGCGGAAGCACGCGUGCUCGCACUGUCCGCUCAGUUACGGUUACCGACUGGACCUGCGGCGACACCUGCUGGAGAAGCACGCGGCGCUGGCCGGCCGCGAGAGCCCGCUGUCGGCCGGUGGUCACCGCACCGAGCCGACGGCGACGGGUCAGACUACGACGAGCGGUCCGACAGCAACGAGUGACCGAAGAGUGCUGGGGGCCUAG